AUGAAGCUGAUCUACGGCCCGGUGCGCGAGCACCCUUUCGAACGUCGCCCGCCGACGGCUGGUUGGCGCGCGGGCGGCGCCGCGGUCCCGCAGCGCUCGUGCGCCUUCGGUCUGCGUCGUGUCCUCCAUUAUCGAUCGCCUUACUUUGGUGGGAAAAAAGCAUGUGCACUUCGUGGACGUCGGGAUGCUGUUCGGCUGGCAUCCUUCCCUCCAAGAGUGGUCUCGAAGCUGCUUCCGGAUUGCGAGGGGUUGACGGUGAUGGUCAAGUCCAGGUUUUAUUUGAAACUCAGGGAUAUACGACUUCAGACAGAUUCCGAUUCUUCAGCUAUCGAUUCACUUUCCACUCAGGCACAGCCUGAGGUGAUGUCGGACGACGAAGGUCGUCUUCUCAUUGACGAUUUACAGGACGGCACCGGACAACUCGAUAAUGCACAUCAGGCGAACGCUCUGGUUGACGUGAAAUCCACUCAGGUCAAACUUAACUGUCAAGUUUCUCUUCAAGGCGAGUCUGAAAGCACUUCUAUAAAUAAGUUAUCAACUCCUCUUACCGUCCCGGUAUUCGGACAACCACAAGCAACGCUGAGCGGCGAGGCGAUUUUCCACGUUGGAGCUGCUUCGAACACCCAACGUGCUGAAGGUCCAGCAUUCUCGUUUACAAAUAAUAUGGCAAGAACUCAUUGUGAACAAGAGCCCAUGUUCAGCAGCGCCACUUCAUUGCGACACAAGUCAAAGAGUCGAAAUGACACGUCUUCAUCGCGCAAGAGGAAGGACAGCUUGUUCGAUGGACAGAAUCCUCCCAGCUCUCCUGUUGAUUCGGAUGAUGCGGCUGUGAAAAGACAUAAGCCGUUGUGCGAUCGCGGCACCUGUGUACAGUCCCGGGCAGUUCAAAGCGAAAUGGAUGGUUCGUUUUUCGAUCUGGAAGUGGGAUCCACUCGGAUUGUGGAGAUGACUGUUGUUUGUAAAAUGGAAAGCAAUGAACUGUAUGUUGUUGCCAAGUGGAAGGAUCAGGAGCUUAGUGGUAUUCUCACGGAUGGCCAUCCCCCUGCGUAUACACUUUACAUGAAGAAAAGAUCAACAGUUGCGAACAGCGGUUCUAGCAGCUCUAACGGGAGUGCAUGUGGCGACUCGAAUGAUAGAACUACGAACAGUGGUGCUAGUACUCCUUCUAAGUCUCGCCAAGUCCCACUAACUCCCCGUGACUCGAAGAAAAGGACUUCUAUUGAGUCGAAAAGAAAGUCAUCAUGUACUACAGCACGUCCUGGCAGCUCUGCAGACCCACCUGAAGAAGAUGAGGAAUUGGAAGACGAGACUACUCCUGGUGUAUCUGCUUCAGCUAUGGAUGCUCUCAGGCUUGUCGAAGUUCCUGGACGAAAAUCGAUGCACGUCUGUUCGGUUGAUGGUUGUCAACACAGAUAUGUUCGAAGUGAAGAAAUUGAGUAUCACAAAGCGACUGCGCAUGCAAAACGAGCGGUAAUGUACGAAGCCAGAUGUUCUCAGACUGACAUAUCUGCUUUUCGACGAACAUCAGUUCAAACAGACGUGGAUGGUCUAUUUGAUAGCGAGCUUGAAAAUUUGCCUUCAUCUUCAUCCACAGUAAAUACAAAAGCUGAGAAUACGCAAGCUUCGAAAUCUCCCGCGGGCUAUUCUGAUAUAUCAGAUGAUGGCGUUGCGCCUCAGUUGCAAAAGGAGGAGCCUACAUCGGACAUUCGCGUCCCUCUUUUGAUUUCAACGAGUCUCCCUAGCAGCUCAUCGUCAGGAGUGACAAAUGUCCUCACAUCGCCUGAAUUCGUUUCAAGCCCUCUAGAAAGAGAAGCCGCUCCGGCGGAGCGUAACCGAGGUACAGUAAAUGGUACAGGUGUUAGCCCUGUAGUCAGUUCUGUUGGCACACCAACACCGGUUUCGGCAAUAUCUGGAUCUGCCCGAGUGCCAGUGAAUCCAAUUCCUGCAGGAAUGUACAUGUCUUCAUUCGCGCACCAAAUGAUGGCUCCAUAUGCUUCUCCACUUACGGCUACGCCCACUUCAAAUCCGGCGCCUUCACCACAGCAACUGAAUAAAAUUUCACAGUCACACAUGAAAACUCCAGACGAAGUAGCUGCCGCAAAUAACGUCUUGUCUGCGCAGAAAACUAUGCAGUCGUCGGCCGCACAAAACAUACAACGACAAUUCGGACUUCAAAUGAUGCAGUCUGGGACAGGUCAGCAUCAAGCUGCCAUGAUGCAAGCAGCUGCUGCACAGGCGCAGAUGGCCCAAAUGCAUCAUUUGUAUAUGCAGCAAAUGGCUGCGGGUGCUAGAGGUGGACAGUUCCCGAUGGCUGCGGCUUCAGCUGGUCCUCACGAAAUGGCUCUUGCUGCUUUACAGGCUAUGCAGCACCAACAGCAGCAGGGUCAUUUUGCCAGCAUGUUCCAGCAAAAGUAG